AUGAGCCGCGCGGCGGGCGGCUGGGAGAUGGAGGCGCUGCGGGCGGACGCCGGGGGCGGCGGCGGCGGCGGCGGCAGCGGGCAGUGCCGCAACUUUCUGUCUCCGCCGGUCUUCGGGGCGGCGCCGUCGGGGCGCCCCGCGGGCUCCGCGGCCUCCGGCUUCUCCUACGAGCGCUCGGGCUCCUCGGCGGCGGCGGCGGCGGCGGCGCGCUCUUCCUCGGCGGCGGCGGCGGCGCCCUCCAAGGACUGCUCCAGCGGCGGCGGCGGCGGGCCCCCGACGGCGCCGCCCUCGGCCACCGCCGCCGCCGCCGCGGCCGCCGCGCUGGGCUACCACCCGGGCUACCACCCCUUCGGCAACGGCUACUACAGCUGCCGCAUGGCGCACGGCGUGGGGCUGCAGCAGAACGCGGCGCUCAAGGCCUCGCCGCACGCCGCCUUCCCCGUGGAGAAGUACAUGGACGUGGCCAGCCUGGCCAGCACCAGCGUGCCGUCGGGCAGCGACGUCUCCUCGCGCGCCAAGGAGGUCUCCUUCUACCAGGGCUACGCCGCGGCCGCCGGCCCGUACCAGCACGUGCCGGCCGGCUACCUGGACGUGGUCUCCACCUUCGGCUCGGCGGCCGCGGCGGCCGCGGCGGGCGAGCCCCGGCACGAGACCUACAUCUCCAUGGAGGGCUACCAGUCGUGGACGCUGGCCAACGGGUGGAACGGCCAGGUGUACUGCGCCAAAGACCAGGCCCAGGGCUCCCACUUCUGGAAGUCGUCCUUCCCAGGGGACGUUGCACUAAACCAGCCAGACAUGUGUGUCUACCGGCGUGGGAGAAAGAAGCGAGUGCCUUACACAAAACUGCAGCUGAAGGAACUGGAGAGUGAAUACGCCAUUAACAAAUUUAUCAACAAGGACAAGAGGCGCAGGAUAUCUGCAGCCACAAACCUCUCAGAGAGACAAGUUACUAUUUGGUUUCAGAACCGCAGAGUCAAAGACAAGAAAAUAGUCUCCAAGCUGAAGGACAAUGUCUCCUGA